AUGGAGGAACGAUUUUCAUGGACAAGAGACCGUCAGACUACGUACAAAGAAGACAAGGCGUACUCGCUAUUAGGCAUGUUUGAUAUCUGCAUGCCGCUCCUCUAUGGUGAAGGGGAGGAAAAGGCGUUUCAACGACUCCGGAAAAAGAUCACCAAGCUCUCAAAGGACCAGGAAUGCAUCCAGCACUUACGCCUUACUGACCCCCGCGACGACAAGAAGCGCAUCGAAGACACUAAGGGCGGACUGCUAGAGGACUCAUACCACUGGAUCCUCGAAAAUCCCAACUUCCAACAAUGGCGGGAUGAUGAGCAGAACCAACUGCUAUGGAUCAAGGGCGAUCCCGGAAAGGGCAAGACGAUGCUGCUCUGCGGCAUCAUCAAUGAGUUGAUUAAGUCAAUGCCUAAGACAGACCAGCUGUCCUACUUCUUCUGCCAGGCUACGGACUCGCGAAUCAACAGCGCUACGGCCGUAUUGCGAGGUCUACUGUACUUGCUUGUUGAUCAGCAACCAUCACUUAAUGCCUUGUCUAAGAUCUUCACAGACAUCCUCCAAGAUCCAAGCUUAAAUAGCACGUCCUUAAUUAUUAAUGCACUUAAUAAGUGCGUGGCAGACUUGCCAAAGCUGUUAGACUUUAUUUGGAUCGUCUCCAGCCGCAACUGGCCUGAUAUUGAGGAGCGUCUAGAAAGGGCGGGACACAAGGUGAAGCUGUGCCUCGAGCUAAACGCAGAGUCUGUUUCUACAGCAGUUGGCAUAUUCAUCCAGCAUAAGGUGCUUCGGCUAGCAGAAGAGAAGAGGUACAACAACAAAACGCGAGACGCCGUAGCUUUAGUCUGUCAAAACCUUAAAAAUAUCUCACGCCGGAAAAUCCUUGCAAAGCUAAACGCGUUCCCACCUGGACUGGGUUCUCUUUACGAGCGAAUAAUGCAGCAGAUAUGGGAUUUAGACAAUGCAGAAGAUGUAGAAAUCUGCAAGCGGAUACUAGGCUUAACCGCGAUUGUAUAUCAACCUGUUACAUUACAAGAGCUGACAUCUCUUGUAGAUAUACUUAAGUAUAUAGCAGAUGAUCUUAAGUCGCUUCGCGAGAUUAUUAGCUUGUGUGGCUCAUUCCUUACAAUCCAAGGAGAUACGGUCUAUUUUGUACAUCAAUCAGCAAAGGAAUUCUUAAUUAAAAAUGUUUUAGAUGGUAUCUUUCCAUCCAGAACAGAAGAGGUCCACUACGAAAUCUUCUCAAGAUCACUCCAGGUUAUGUCUAGGACGCUCCGACAAGAUAUGUACGGCUUGGGUGCGCUAGGAUACCCAACCGAGCAGAUUAAGGCGCCAGACCCAGAUCCACUAGCAGCUUCUUCUGCAGAGGAUAAAGUUGAUCUGCAGGAUGGAGGCGCUGUUGACAGCUUCCUAAGACAUCAAUACCUCUACUGGCUAGAGGCUCUUAGCCUUUGCAAGAGCAUGUCUAAAGGAGUAGUGUUAAUAGCAAAACUAGAGGUCCUUAUAAAGAGGAGAGCAAAUGCAUCUGCAUUAAAUGAACUAGUAAGAGAUGCGCGCCGAUUUAUUAUGGCCCAUAAAUUGGCAAUAGAGAACAGUCCGCUUCAGUCGUAUGCUUCCGCGCUAGUAUUUAGCCCCACUCAAAGUAUAAUAAGAGGCCUUUUCAAAAGAGAAGAGCCAAACUGGAUUACAAUAGAGCCGGCUAUGCAAGAGAAAUGGAAUGCUUGCCUCCAGACGCUCGAGGGCCAUAGCCAUUACGUCAGCUCAGUAGCCUUCUCCCCCGACUCUACACGGCUGGCGUCAGGUGGCCACGGGAGGGUAUGGAUAUGUAAUGUUGAGCGUAACAAGCUUAAUGCGUCCUAA